CAGCUACACAGUUGAUGUCGUUUUUUUUUGGGAUGAAAUGUAAGUAUAUAUUAAAAAGUCAUCCAAAAGUAACAAAAUACAUGUGUCAAAAAUAACUAUCUAAGCUAGUAAACUAACCUAAGAUAGCAACUACCAUUCACACACCCCCUCACCCCCACCUCACAGCAAAGGUGAGGGAGAGGAAUGUAGACAGUCCAGCAAAAUAGAUCACAACUAACACGGGACAAGCCCCAACUUAGUAAUCAAAUACAGUCAAAGUACAUCAAAAUAAAGUCCAAAAGAACAGUCCACAAUCGAGCCAUCAAAGGCCCAUCCUCGGUAAACUGAGGCAGCCAAGAAUCCAGACCAAACCCGAUAGGGCCCAAUCACCUCUCCACGCGACAGCAAACUCCCAACAAGUGCAAAGAAGCAUGAAGGCCCGUCGCCCAUAUGCAUAUUGUCAUCCGCGUCAAAAACAACCUAACAAGGCCCAGCGUCCAGUCCAAAAUAUUGCUAGGGUUUCCAAGUGGCAGCCCAAACCAAAGCCUAGCACAUCGCUAUGUUGGAGUGCCGCAUCGACUGGGCGGGAAACCAAAAAAGUCAAACUUCGAAAAAUGCCACGCCAGGCGGAAAGGACAGGGUGGCCAAUUAGCUACAGGACAACGACGCGUCAUCAGUGCCUCCGAGCAGCUCCCUUCAUCUUCUCCGGCGUACCCCCAGCCAGCCAAACCAGCAAACCAAAAUCCAAGCCAUCAUACGCAGAUGACAGUAAACCCAACCCUCACAACCCUCCACACCCCCCAGCGGGUUCCGGCAUCACCCCAACGGCAAAAGGCAUGACGGCGGUGAAGGGAAAACCAAGCCGGAGAAGUAACCGGUCGCCUACGAUCAAAUCUGUCACCAAGAACCACCAUCUGACACAAUUCUUACCCGUUCACAAUUUGUUCACCAAGCAGCAACCCACCAUCUCAAAACCGCUCCCAAGGCUACUAAUCAUUGUUAUCGUCAAGGACAUAUUUUCCGGUGAGUUCAAGCAAGCAGAGACCAAGGACUUUCACACUAACCCAGAGUAACCCAAGGGGUUUCCGGUCGUCAGAAGACCCUUUACUGUAAUCUUAACCAGUCAAAACAACCACCAAAACCCCACCCUCCGUCACUCCCAAGAAUCAAAUCUCACAUAACAAAAGUCCGGCGACGUGAGGUGGCCGACCUGGUAACUGAACUGCCUACAAUCAAAACCACCAAGCCUAGACCUACCAUCAAGACCACCACUCCAAACGAACCUAACCCGUUCACCAUCCUACCAUCCCCCCCAAAUCAAACAUGAAGCCAUGGUUACUAACCGUUAUUGAGCCGGAGAGGUGUUUUCCGGUGAUCUUUGACUUCCGGCGACCGAGGACUUAGCCUAAUCUUCACCCCCAUGUCAACUUCCACUCUGGAUCACAUCCGUAGGCUUCGAACCCCGACCUUCUCGCACCAAACCCCCCUUUCCGACCCGUUCACCUCCGUUACACACCCCUCCAAAAGUUAGUAUCCGGCGUUACUAACUGUCGGAGGUGGUGAUUUAGCACAGUCCGGCGAGAUCUUCAGCCAUUAGACAGGUUCCAGUAACACCGAGCUCCAUAAAACCAAGGACCACCAGUAAUCCAAGUACAUAUUCCGGCAAUACUGUCCAGUAUAAGCACCAGCAAACAGCUCACUACGUAGUUCCAAGAUCAGUCCCAAAACAACCACCAAAGUGGUGUAUAAUUUCCAAAUUGUAGCUAGAACCCACCGGAGCCAGAAGGCUCCGGCGGCGGCGGCCACCGUGAGAGGUGGUGCUGACUUGAGGAGACCGUGAGGGGAAGAAUAGCCACGAAUGGCUAGAGAGAGACUCUCUCAACUUCUCCCUCUUUAGUGGGCCGCUAUUACACAGUUGAUGUCGUGAGCUUGCUAAUAGUAGGCUUGUUUAUCAAUCGAC